CAAACAGUGUGACCUAGAAAUGAAUUUCGAUCUUGAUGAUCCGUUGGAUGGGCUUCUUAGCGAUGGUAGCAACGAUAGUUUGUUCGGGAAUGAACCGGCGAAGAAAACGGCAAAAGCAGAAAACAAGCAAACGAAAAUGGAGGAUUUAUUUGGCAUCAAGUCUAACACAACAAAUCCGGUGCCACCGAAACAGGUUACACCAGCCGCGGCAACUAUCACUGUCGAUAAAGAUUCUCCUGCGUCGCUAGAUUACGCAAAGCCAGCGAUUUCCUCUGGACAACCACCAAGUUUAGGCAGCUUUCAGACUCGAAAAACUAGCACUCCCAUAAAGAAAGUUGAGCCGAGUCAGAAAAAAGAGAUCACCUUUGAUGAUAACGAUGUUCUUUCGGAUUUGGGGUUUGAUCCAAAGAAACCAAAGACCAAAUCGAAUAUUUUGGAUGACCUUCUCGGCGGACCCGUUAUAACUACAAGCAAAGAAAUUAUUGCCAAGCAAAGUAAGACUAAACCGUCGCUUGGCAUUGCGAAGGAUGAACCAGUGGGAAGUAAAAGUGUUUCUAGACAGUCUACAGAGACUUCUGAAAAUUUACCCACUGAAAGUACAAUAAUGGGCAGUUACGCGCCAAGUGGUAGUAAUCAACGUCGCAGUGGUCGUAGAAAAUCUUCUAGUACAUUGAACGAUCCACUUGGUUUAUUUUCGAGCCCAAUCGGUUCGAAGAAGGAUUCUAAGUUGGGUAAGAAAGGAGCUGAUUGGUUGGGAUUAAACGACGAUAGUAACUCGAACGAUCCCGAACCGGCUCCCAAUCCAGAAGUGGGGUCUGAAGCUUUGAAGCAAACAGAAGUGGCCAAACCGGCGAGUCCGAAGAUUGAACAACCUCCCAAAGCAAUUGUUCCACUAAUGCCAUCAACAACAGUGUCUCAGAACGUUGUUCCUGCCGUUUUACCUGACAUGUUCAAACCAGAUAUUGUCACUGCCGCUCAAACAAUGGAUUUUCUAAACAACGAAACUCAGAAUGCUUUGAAUACUAUGCAGCAGCAAGAGUUUAAACUAACGGUUGCAAACCAAAUGAAAAACCAAGAAGAAGCACUUUUUGGCAUGCAGCAGAAACAACAAGCAAUACUAGAUCGUCAGGAAGCCCAAUUCAAUGAACUUUUGCAGAAACAAAUCAUGCGGCACAAUCAUCUAGAAGAAGUAAUAUCAAAGCAACAGGAGCGCAUUAACACGAACAUUCAGAUACUAAUGACUCAACCUCCGUCAAUACCCGCACAUCAUUCGGAGCAAGUUGGAUUGAUUCGACGAGAUGAACAGCACAAACACACACAAGAUGAGGAGGAAAUUGUUCUGAGUAGGGUUGAGCUGCAGUCGGACCUCAAACGUUUGCAAAUGGAAAAACUUCGGCUAGAAGAUUUAGUUUCAAAUAUCACUGCCAAUCACGAACAGGAAGUGGCGAUUUUAGAGCAGAGCUACAAAAAGCAAAUGGGAUUUCUCGAUGAGAGUUUGAAAAUCAUGGAGGCCCGACUGAAAAUGGAAAAUAAGAAUUUGGAAGAUUUCUACAGGCACAAAUUGCAAGGCCUGGAAGAGGAGAAACAGCAACUGAUAGCCGAACAUACCAAACAGGUUCAUGAAAUGGAAUCCAGCCAUCGAAGUACGAUUGAAAAGCUAAAAUUGCACUAUGAAGAAAGUUUGGAGAGCAUAAAAUCUGAACACCGAGAAAUGAUCAACAAUAUUCGAGAGUCGAAGAUGCUCGAGUUUUCAGUUUUGCAGGACAAUCAAUCCUAUCUAGCUACGCUGAAAAAUGCUGCAAACUAUUUGGAGAAUGCUUCUGGUGAUCUUCAACAGCUACGAGAUACCCUACAGGAUCAGCUGGAGUUUACGCAGAAAGAAAAGGAAAUUCAACUCAAGGAACGAGAGAAACGUCUGGACGAUCAACAGCGGCUAUUGGAAAGAACGAAAGAAUCGGCCGAAACGGAAAAGAUGCGGCUGUUAAAUUUGGUGGAGAUGCUGGAGGGAAAGCUGACUGAUUUGUCGAAGAUAUCUUCGGAAGAAACCUGGAAUUACCAGCAAAAACUAGUCAAGCUCGAAGCCGAGAAGCAAGCAUUCGAAAAAGAAAAAGAGCAUGCACGAGAACGGAUACUCAGGCAGGAGAAACAAAUCGAAGAGCUGAAACAGCUGCAACUGGAAGAGCACUCCAAAUUAAUGCAAAACAUCCGAGACGAGAAACAACUACUGCUGGAAGAAAAAGCCAAACUGGAAACAUUGGACAAAAUUCAGAAACAAGACAGAACAGAUCUAUCCCGAGCGGAGAUCGAUGCGGCGAUAAAGGUGGCCGAAGAUGCUGCCCACCAAUGUGACCAGGAGCGCGAAAGACUUCUUCAGCUGCAACGACAAUACGAAACCAAACGGCGCGAGAUGAUCGGCCAGGAGAGCCAACUACGAGCGAAAAGUAGCGAGCUAGAAAACGCCAUCAGCAACGCUAGGACAAGGGUAAUGGCUGCCGAAAGUGCCUUCAAAAGCAUCAAACGAGCGGAGCAAAACAUGCAACUGAAAAUGCAGCUGGUGCAGCGUCAAUUUCGAGAGGUUUCCGAGCGAGAGGAUCGGCUAGCAAAGGAUAAGAUCGAAUUGAGUAAAGAACGGCUGGAGUUACAAUCGAUGAGGAAGAGACUUCAAACCAAUAGGUGCAACUUGUGUAAGAUCGGCGAAAGAUCACAGGAGAUUGGAGACUACCUGACAGCGGCUCAUAAUUCUGAAUCGGUGGACGAUGAUCGCAAGCUUGAAGCUAGUUUUCUCGAGUUGCAACACCGAGAGCUAGGAAAGCUGGAUCAGUUUUUCGAUGGUGAUUUGGAGAGGCAAUUGCACAAUUUCUUUGAGAGAAACCGAAUCGAUCCGGAACAGGGAACAUCGAAUCUUGUGCCAAACAUCGCCGAAAAUGAAGGCGGUACCGCGGAUGAUGAUUUACUGCUACUCAGAUUUGAUGUGUUGAAAUCGCAGAACUAUUUUGAUGCCGAGAAUGAUAAGUGAAUAUUUAUAAAAAAUGCAUUUUCAAAAAAAAACUGCAAUCACUGAUAACGGAUG